GAAGAGAGUUUCUCUAAAGCUGUAAAAAAUUUUUGGAUAUUGAUCGAUAAGGAACGCUCUAAACAUGAAAUUGAGAAUAUACAGAAAAAGUCUGUAAAUGAAAAAGAAGAAAGAGCUUAUUGCUCAGAAAGUAGUCAUAUUAUACCACCGUCACAACAAUCAGAAUCAUUUGACAAUAAUUUUACUACACCGCCGCCUCACGGUUAUACUACAUCAUCACCUCACGGUUAUACUACACCAUUGCCCCAUGGUUAUACUACACCAUUACCCCAUGGUUAUUCUACACCAUUACCCAAGCAUCCAAUGCUUGUUGAUCGUAUAAAUAAUCCAUUCAUAGAGGAAGAUGACAUCUUGUUAAUAAUAGAUGAUGUCGAUAGUUUAUGUUUUAUUGAAGGAAACCCAGCUGAUGAUUAUAAGAUAGGAGAGACCAACAUAUCACAUUUGUUUCGGAAGUAUCAAAAUAAUUCCUUAAAUAUUGCUAAGACGGAUGGCCUAUAUGUUGAAUCCAAUAUUCACCAACGGAUUAUCCCAACACAACAAACCGCAUUGGACUUAGAGUGUGAAGCAAAAUUCAGGGAUGCGAUAAAGCGAACAAUAAAAGAAUCGAAUGGUCAUGCUACGGAUUGGUUGAUGGCAGAAAUUUCCAUGAAUAAUGCAUUAAAGGAUAAUAUGCACAUUAUUGAAUGGCCAAAUGCUGGCCUCGAAGAAAGUAAAACACGAAAGUCAGAAGGAAGGUCAAAACAACCAGACUUCGUAGUGUCUGUAAUUCAUCAAUUACAG